UGCAAUCCUCAGUUCUGGCUAAGCAUCACUGCAACGCGCUCCUAAUAAAAUGCUGCCUUUCUCAGCAGAUGGGGCCGAGGAUGUUUUUUAUUUAGAGGUUUAAUUGGCGGCAGGUCUGACACAUUGAGGGUUUUCCCCUCCCUGUGGUGGGCUGUGAGAAUCACCUCGAGGAAGAGGAGGAAGCGAGGCAGCCCAGGCAACGGAAGAAAUAGAAGCAGUUCUAACUUGGGAAAACUCUUCAGACUCUCUUUGAAUCGACCAACAUGGCUUCAGUACGAGAAGUGUCCAGUUUCACCAAAGACCUGCUGUGCCCCAUUUGCCUCUCCCUCUUUCAGGAGCCCCACAUACUGGAGUGCGGCCACAGCUUCUGUGCUUCCUGCCUGGAGACCUGCAUCCCCAAAGGGCAAAGUCAGGGGCUCUGCCCCCAGUGCCGCCACCCCUUCACUUUGCGCCACGUGAACCGAGCCCUCGGCAGCUUGGCCGAGAAAGCCCGGCUUCUGAAGCUGGAUGAAAGGGCUCAGCUGAGUGGCACUGCCGUCUGCUCCUUCUGUGAGGAACACAAGGAGCCCCUGAAGCUCUUCUGCAGCCAAGAUGAGGAGCUUGUUUGCGUCAACUGCUGGGACUUGCCUCAGCACCAGGGACAUGACUUCCUGCCCAUCAAAAAUGCGGUUCAGACCUAUCAGGACCAGCUGAAGGCAUCUCUGGAGCCUCUUGAGGAAGGUCUCAAGCCGUUGAUAAAGAGCCACUGCCACCAGUGGAAGAACAUUCUUGAAUUAAAGACCUGCUCCAAAUCCUUGUCUGACCUUAUCUCUGAAGAGUUUGCGAAGGUGCACCAGCUGCUGAACGACAGAGAGCUGGGUAUAAAACAGGCCUUAGAAAAUCGGAGAGAAAAGAUCUUGGCGCAGAUGGAAGCCAAGUUAAAGGAACUGGACUGCAAGAUCACCUCUCGGUCAGAAACUCUGCGCCGUGUGCAGGCCGGCCUUGAACGCAAAGACCACAUAAGUUUCCUCAAGGAGGCAAAAGGGUUGCUAGAGAGGCUCCGUAAGGAACAAGGAGCUCCGGACGGACCCAAAAUAGAUGCUGAACUGGUAGCAGAAGAUGGGCUGGGGGCCAGCAGUGAAGACACAGGUGAGUGUGAGAAUGAGAUUGAUGAAGAUGUUGAGGAGGAGGAAGAGGAAGAAGAGGAGGAGGAGGAAGAAGAGGAGGAGGAGGAGGUGGAGGAGGAAGAGGAAGAGGAAGAGGAAGAGACAGCAGAGGAAGAAGAGGAGAAGGAAGAGGAUGAAGAUGGAGUGGUGGCUGUAGACUUGAACCUGGGCAUCUUUAAAGGACCUCUGCAAUUCUAUGUCUUGAAGGAGCUCUACAAUACGCUACAACCAGUCCCUGCAAGCAUCACUUUGGACUGCAAGUCAGCUCAUCCCAGCUUGGUCCUCUUGGAAGAAGCCACUGGGGUCAAGUUCAAUCCUGACCAACGGCCAGAGAGCCUCACUUCCACCCCGUUUGUGGUGGGACGGAAGGGCAUUACCACUGGGCGCUUCUAUUGGGAGAUCCAAGUUGGGGACAGCCCCGGUUGGAUAGUGGGGAUGGCCAAAAAGUCUGUGAAGCAUAAGAAGCAGCUGAACUUUCUGCCCAAGGAAGGGGUGUGGGCUAUUGAGCUGAAGGCGGGAAAGUACCAAGCUCUGAGUGAGCCCCGUACGCCCCUCUCGGACUGCGGGAAGGUGGAAUAUGUUGGGGUCCACCUGGACAUUGAAAGGGGGCAGCUCUCUUUUUACAACAGCUACAACAUGUCCCACCUCUACACCUUCCAAGCGUGCUUCCAGGAUGGCCUUUCCAAGCCUGAUCCCAUUCUGCCCUUGCUCAGCACUCGAAGCAACUACCCCCUCUGGAUGUAAAUUCUGCAGCUUUGAGAACUUAGCUCAGGUUGUAGCAUUGCAAAGAACAGCCUGGUGAAAGUUGAAAACAUUGAGGUACAUUAGGGUGGCUGUUUUAAGAGAAAGCCCAUUCUAUUCCCUCUUUGCAAGCAAUCACUUGAAGAUCUGAAAGUGGUUUGACCUGACUAUUGUGGUCUACGAUGGUGGUUCUAGGCACAGAGGGUGCUAUAAGUGUAGCUUGCAAGUUGACCUUCUGUUUCCCACAUGUUUAAUUUCCUUGAUGCAUUGACUGUAGUGAGGGUAGAGGUUGCCUCGGUCCACCUGUGGUGCAAGAUUUUUACCUCCUUUCAAUGUGCUCCACUGCAGGCAAAAAGAAGGAAGGCAAGCCGUACUUCCUGCCUUUGGUUGGGGAGGCCUUAAUAGAGAUGUUCAAAUAUUCAAAUUCUGGGUUGUGUUUGUAUCUGUAACAAGUGAUGGUUUUCCUCAUCGCCCUAUGAUGCUAUACGGCAUUGCACAUCAAAACAACUAGACACAAGGACAAUUGCCCGUCCGUCCCCAAUGCCAUCAUCA